UGACAUCAACUUGUUGCGGUCGACACAAUCCACGCUCACAACACAAGACUUGUUCUCAUGCACGACACCUAAUAAAUGCAUCCUUGCUGCAGGAACAGACGUUAAUUCCACACGUGUGACCUCCCUCCUAAACCUCCCCAAAAUGCACCAACGCAGAUUAUUGUCCAUCCUCGCUCGAGCGGCACCAACAUCCCGCCGUUUACCACAGACACUGUUCACUUGCAAAUCAUGCAGAAACAAUAUUCAGCACCCUCUCGGCCCUUCUCUCCGUCGAUCUAUUUCGUCCCUUCCGAAUCUCCCGCUCUUUCGUGCCCUCAAAGACCAUGACCCGUCCAGCCUAGCCGUCCUACACCAUCCAUCCUCCCGUUCCUUCACCUACGGCAACCUGAUUGCAGAUGUGCUCCAUGCAAAGGAUAAACUACUCCAAUCAUCAGGAGGUCGGCGGGACGGUCUACAAGGAGAGAGGGUUGCAUUCCUAGCAGAGAAUAGCUACGACUACGUAGUGAUGCUGCUUUCGAUUCUUGCCAAUGAUGCAAUUGCACUUCCCCUCUCGCCGGCGUUUCCUGUGGGGGAGUUGAAAUAUAUUAUGGAGAACUCGCAGGCGAUGAUGUUGGUGGCGACAGAGAAAUACGCGGAGAAGGCCCGUGGGAUUGUGGAAGAGGGCCUCGAGCGAGUGCCUAUCCUGGAUAUACGGGAGAAGAUUAGGGUCGGUGCGACGAGUGCUGGAGCGGUGGAAUUGGACGAUUUUAAUGUGAAUGGGGGUGGGAUGAUGCUGUAUACUUCUGGGACGACGAAUCGGCCGAAAGGCGUUUUGAUCCCACAGUCUGCGCUUACUGCACAGGCGGCUUCCCUGCGAAAAGCGUGGGAGUACACGCCGAACGACCGGCUUCUGCAUCUCCUCCCGCUCCAUCAUAUUCACGGGACCGUGAAUGCGAUCAUAACUCCAAUCCUGUCUGGCUCAUCCAUUGAGUUCAUGUACCCGUUCAACCCUACUGCUGUGUGGAACCGGCUCGCUGCCCCGUUCUUACCGGAGAGCGCGGAUGCCAGUAAAAUCACUUUCCUCACGGCGGUUCCUACAAUCUACAAUCGACUUCUGUCCAGCUUUCCGAGUCUACCUGCGGAGACCCAAGAGGCUGCGAAGAAAGGGAUUUCCCCGGAAAAUCUUCGCUUGAAUAUCUCCGGCUCGGCGGCCUUGCCAACUCCGACUAAGAAGGCAUGGCAGGAUAUCAGCAACGGCAACGUGCUCUUGGAGCGCUAUGGAAUGACUGAAGUCGGCAUGUCCAUUAGCUGCGGCCUUGACUUUGCGGAUCGUGUGGAUGGUAGUGUCGGGUGGCCCUUGCCCUCCGUGGACGCUCGCUUAGUCGAUACCGACACGAACGAAGUUAUCCGGCCCGGCGAAGAAGUCGACGGAAAUGGACGUCUUCGUGAAGGAGAAAUCCAUCUCCGUGGCCCGACCAUCUUCCGUGAGUAUUGGGCCAACAAAGCCGCUACUGAAGAAGCAUUCGUCGACGGUGACGAUGGCAAGGGCAAAUGGUUCAAGACCGGAGACGUUGCCACUCGCCGCCCUGUCGAUGGCGCUGGUAAAGGAAGUAGCGGUGAAUGGGCCCAAGGCCUGAUGUAUUUCAUCCAAGGGCGACGUAGCGUGGAUAUCAUAAAAACCGGGGGCGAAAAAGUGAGCGCUCUAGAGGUAGAAAGAGAGCUUCUUUCCCUUCCACAAAUCGCCGAAGCUGCCGUUGUCGGCCUGCCAUCGGAACAAUGGGGCCAAAAAGUAGCUGCUAUUGUCGUACUUAAUACUGAAGUAGCAGCAACUACAGGACGUAAUGGCAAACCUUGGGGAUCUUUGGAUAUGCGACGCGCUCUCAAGGAUCGUCUUGCGAGUUAUAAGUUGCCGCAGGAGAUGAAGAUCUUGGAUGGGCCGAUACCAAGAAACGCGAUGGGAAAGGUUAAUAAAAAGACGCUUGUCAAAGAGGUGUUUGGCAACUAAACCUUGAUCAUCCAUUUCAUGGGCUAUCUUCUUGUUUUGUAUACUUAUAUCAAGACUUUUCGGCGUAUAUCCAGUGUUAUCUGAAGCACUGGUUGUAUAUUACUGGGUUACAAAGUGAAUCGAUUUUUUUUUUUAC